GCGGCGGGGCAGCGUAUGUUGGGUGUAGUGCCCGCGCGCUUGCCGUCCUGUGGGUUUUUAGUGGGGGAGCAAGUCAAUGUGGCUGUGUGUCGCUGGGAAGGACCCCUACGGCCGCGUUUCGGAGCCUGCGUGGGGACGAGCCCCGCGGGCAGCACCGUGCAGGGAGCAGGCGAGUCGCGAAGACGCCGCACGGGCGGUGGGAACAUGAACCUCUUACCGAAGAGCUCCAAGGAGUUUGGCUCCGUGGACUACUGGGAGAAGUUCUUCCAGCAGCGAGGAAAGAAGGCUUUCGAGUGGUAUGGAACCUACCUGGACCUCUGCGGGGUGCUGCACAAAUACAUCAAGCCCAGGGAGAGGGUGUUGGUGAUUGGGUGUGGCAACUCAGAGCUGAGCGAGCAGCUAUAUGAUGUGGGCUAUCAAGAUAUAGUGAACGUUGACAUCAGUGAGGUUGUCAUCAAGCAGAUGAAGGAACGCAAUGCUAGCCAACGGCCCCAGAUGAGCUUCUUGAAGAUGGACAUGAUGCACAUGGAGUUUCCUGAUGCCUCGUUCCAGGUGGUGUUGGACAAGGGCACCCUGGACGCUGUCCUAACAGAUGAGGAGGAGGAGACCUUGCAACAGGUGGACAGGAUGCUGGCUGAGGUUGGCCGCGUCCUGCAGGUGGGCGGUCGCUAUCUCUGCAUCUCCCUGGCUCAGGCUCACAUCCUGAAGAAAGCAGUGGGUCACUUCUCUCGGGAGGGGUGGAUGGUGAGGGUGCACCAAGUGGCCAGCAGCCAAGAUCAGGUGUUGGAUGCAGAGCCUCAGUUCUCCCUGCCUGUGUUUGCCUUCAUCAUGACCAAGUUCAGGCCAGUGCCUGGCUCUGCCCUUCAGAUCUUUGAGCUGUGUGCUCAGGAGCAGGGCAGACCUGUGCGGCUGGAGAGUGCUGAGCAGCUGGCCGAGGCGGUGCGGGAGCGGCAGCAGUAUGCCUGGCUGCGUGGCCAGCUGCGCUGCAAGGCCGGGCUGGGGAGUGUGUCUCUGGACUUGUGCGAUGGGGACACGGGGGAGCCACGCUACACCCUCCACGUGGUGGACAGCCCCACUGUGAAACCAUCGUGGGACAGUCAUUUUGCCAUUUUCAUCAUCCCUCAGGGCCGGGAGACAGAGUGGCUCUUUGGCAUGGAGGAGGGCCGGAAGCAUCUGGCAGCCAGUGCAGGCUUCAGAAGGCUGAUCACAGUGGCCCUUCACCGAGGUCAGCAGUAUGAAGACAUGGACAGCAUCCAGGCCGAACUGUCAUCAAGAGUCAUGGAGCUGGCCCCAGCUGGAAUGCCCACCCAGCAGCAGGUGCCUUUUCUGUCCGUGGGUGGGGACAUUGGAGUCCGCACUGUUCGGCACCGAGACUGCAGCUCCAUAAGUGGCGACUAUGUCAUCGAGGACGUGCAGGGGGAUGACAAGCGCUACUUCCGGCGGUUAGUCUUCCUCAGUAACCGGAAUGUGGUGCAGUCAGAAGCCAGACUGUUGCAGGAUGUGUCUCACAGAGCCCAGAAGAAACGGAAAAAGGACAGGCGGAAGCAGCGGCCUGCUGAUGUUCCUGAGGACCUCCCUGUGGCCAUUGAUAAGAGUUACCUGUGCUGUGAACACCACAAAGCCAUGGUUGCCGGCCUCGCACUGCUGAGGAAUCCAGAGCUGCUCUUGGAGACUCCACUGGCAUUGUUGCUGGUUGGCCUGGGUGGGGGCAGCCUCCCCCUCUUUGUCCAUGAUCAUUUUCCAAAGUCCUGCAUCGAUGCUGUGGAGAUUGACCCCUCCAUGUUGGAAGUGGCCACGCAGUGGUUUGGCUUCUCCCAGAGUGAGCGAAUGAAGGUCCACAUUGCAGACGGCCUGGACUAUGUUAGCAGCCUGGCGGGAGGAGAAGAAGCACGGCCCCACUAUGAUGUCAUCAUGUUUGAUGUUGACAGUAAGGACCCAACACUGGGAAUGAGUUGCCCACCCCCAGCAUUUGUGGACCAGCCUUUUCUGCAGAAGGUCAAAAGCAUCUUGACUCCUGAAGGUGUUUUUAUUCUCAACCUUGUGUGCCGAGACUUGGGGCUGAAAGACUCCGUGCUGGCUGGGCUUAAGGCAGUUUUCCCCCUUCUAUACGUUCGGCGAAUUGAGGGUGAGGUAAACGAGAUCUUGUUCUGUCAGCUGCACCCUGAGCAGAAGCUUGCCACGCCAGAGCUCUUGGAAACGGCCCAGGCCUUGGAGCGGACCCUGCAAAAGCCUGGGAGGGGUUGGGAUGACACGUAUGUCCUGUCUGAUAUGCUCAAGACCGUGAAAAUGGUAUGAUGACUGACCUUGGUCACUGGCCUGCCAGAGAUUCAGAAUAUGAUGCACAGUCCUUUUUAAGCCUCGUAUUUUUAUUGGUUUCAUACUCAUCUACCUACGCAUGACAUCCAGCUUGGUGGGGGUGCCUGAAGAUCUGGGAAAAUAAAGUUAUUCCCCUCCAGUCCUCUU